UGAGUAUAUAAAGGUGUGACUGGGGGCGGGUUCCUCACUCUCUUGCACGGCUUCUCCUCGUUCUUGAUAACCUCAUCCCCAUCAUGACACUUUUUGCGUUGUUGCUGACGGUAGCUAUGAUGAUCAUUACCAUGGGCACUACCAAGGGUCACGUUAACAUUUGUCAUGCUUCUCCACAAAGUGCACGCGUUGCUCGGUCGCCAAAUUCAAGCGUUAAUGACUUGGAUCAAAAAGCAACUAUAACUACACAAACUGAUCCAAGCAAUAGUACCCAUCCCCUGGAUGAUGUACAUGCCCAUUCGCCUCGGCAGACUGUGGUCUCUGACACAAUUACCACAGUCUCGGUUACUGUCGGCCAGUCUAAAGACAGCCUCCACGCCACUAGCACAGAGACGACGACUUCUCCCACACCGGAGAGUGUCGGCCUCACCCAGCACGACACUUGCUCACAAAGCCUUUAAAGUGGAUUGGUAAUUAGGGCACCAUAGUUCUCAAUUGAUUUUAUUGCAAAUAAACUAGUAUUUUCUCAACUAAUCAGAAUUCACGUUAACAAGUGUAUAAUAAUGUAAUUGCGUUUGUACAUAUAAAUAAAACAAAGUUAAC